AAACACAAGGUUUAUUUUGUUCAGCUCCAUGUGGUUUUUAAUUUCUGUGCUGCUGCAAUAGCACUUGAGCAUCAUUUCUGUCCUCUCCACAGGCACGUUAAUAUAACGUCGGGGCUUGGGUUAGUAUGGUUCAGAAUUAAUGUAUAAUAACUACAAAAUAGAGCAUACAAGAGUCAUGUCGCGAUAGCCGUAUUGUGCUGGGCUCCUCUAUUAUGUGCUUUAUGGUAGCUGGGCUGGGUUGGUUAGAAUCCGGUGCAUCUGUGGUGUCUCCAUUCAUUUAUGUGAACGAACAAGAAAAGGGGAAGGAAACUAGUGAAAGAAUAUCAUUAACUUGAGAAUUUCACAACAACGGAGGGUACACCGUACACUAAAAAAGGGACGGGUAACUGGUGAGUCAGAGACGAUAUAAACAAGACCGCAAAGAAAAAAAACACAGCUCUGCGUUUAUAUACUGGUGGAGAUCCAUCAUCAUAUAGAGUAUGCAUGCGCGAUGCACCAUAACAAUACACGCCGUUUCCAAAUGUUAACUUGUCGAUUUGGAAGCAUGCAAAUCAUGGUUAAACUCUAGAUAUAAAAUGACUGGACACGGGUGCUUUCCGUGCUGGCGUUUUUGCUUGCUAGCUUUUAAAAUGGUGUUUGUAGUGUCUUAAUUAAACAGCCGCAGUCAUUCGCUCUAUGGCAGAAUACUAUGUAGUAUUAACUAGUAGUACUGUACUUGUUUGGUACUGGCUGGGUUUAUUAUAUGGCUUUCUAUUUGGAACACGGACACCGAAUGCAAGUUUGCUUACUAUGGGAUGGAAGAAGUGCAACGUAGUCAUUUGAUGGCGAGAAUACGUUUUCAAAUUAGAUAACGUAGAUACCACGCGUACUGUACGUUGUUAACACAGAGAAAUAAAUGGUGGACGAAACUAUCAGCGAGUCCCUCCCGGACCUUAAAGACGUGGAAAGUAAAAUCGGCAGAAAAACGCCGGAAGGGUUGCUGAGAUGGCUGCGAGAGGACUCUGCUCACCUUCUGGGGAACAACACCCUGAACCCCGGGGAGAGCAAAGAGCGCGAGCCGCUCCCGAGGAAGAAAGGUCUGGCUGAAAAAAUACGAGAUUUAAAACUCGAAAUGGCCUACCUGCGCUCCAUUGACGUGAAGAUCCUUCGGCAGCUGGUCGCGGUGAAUGAGGGGAUCGAGACGGUCAAGUGGAUUCUGGAGGAGAAGGGGAACCUGGCCAGUCGCUGUAGCAGCCUGACCAGCAGCCAGUACAGCCUGGUGGAGAGCCAGGAGACCUCCAGGAGAGGCAGCUGGAACAGUCUGGUGGAGAGCCAGGAGACCUCCAGCCUGCAGGACCCCAACGACAAACUGGACAGCAUCUCCAUCGGCAGCUACCUGGACACCUUGGCAGAUGACAUGGACGAGUACUGCCCAUCCAGUUCAGAGUCAGCAAUCUGCUCCACUGCGAAUGGCCACAGUAGCUCCUGUGGCAGGUCUGAGCAGGAGCAGCAGUGGGGUGGUGGAGGAGGCAAAACCUGCGGACAGGGCUCUCCUUUACACAGAACAGACCUGUUUAGGGAGAACCAGGGCUGGAGUAAGCCAGCCCAGGACCCUUCCAAAGUGGAGUCCAGCAGAAUUGACAGGGAGCUGCUUCCUUCAAAGUCACGCAGCGUAGGGAACGGCUAUUUGGACAAACCGGGUGCUGACCUUGACCGCAUCCUGGAGACAAGGCCUCCUUUAGCGGAGAAGCCGUACAAAAGUAGCCCCAAGCUGAACUCCUAUAAAAACGGUAAAAUAGAUUUGGACAGCUGUAAACUGAACACUAAGAUCCACCUGGAGUACAAUGCGCACUGGCGCUGGGUGCAGUCUCGGGACGAUGUGACGUUCUUGUAAGAGAGGAAGAACCCCGACAGGCAUCAGGGGUGAAGUGCCACCCCCCACCCCCAGGGCACUGAAAUUUAACCUAGCCACAAGCCAUGAGCUCUUCACAAGCAGAACUCGCACAAUGCUAGGUUUCAGGUGCUCAGUAUGAUUCUAGAAUGUUGCAAAACUUUACGCUUCUAGAAUCUUAACAAAAACCAUGUAAACUUGUUGAUCGGAAGUAAUUUGAGUUGAUUUGAGACACAAUUUACAGGGGGGGGGGGAAAUUAGCGCUUUGUUUUUGCCUUGUUGUCCAUGUGGCAGUAAAUAUUAAUAUAUCACUCCGCCCCCUCACCCUUUUUCUUUCUAAAAACGCAAUGUGCUUGCAGCCCAGUUUGAUGCUUUCCAUUACCGUGCCUGCAGUUUGUACAUAAUUUAAAUCUUUGAUGUCUCCAGAUUCCCUCUCCUGAGGGAUCUAGAUACAGAAACUUCACGUGUACACACUAGAGCAGCCAACAGCAGUGCAACACAGAAGAGGGCUAACACGUAAAGGCCCCAUACAUUCAUUCAUUGAUACAGCAUCUUAUUGGCCUGGAUACAGAUUUAAAUUUCCUGCAUUUUUACCUGCAAGUUUGUACAUGAGAAACCCUUUUUAACUGAUAGACCUGCCAUUUGUUUUUACAUUUGGAAUAUAUACUACAGCAGACAGCAGCCAUAUCAUUGUAGAGAUGCAGGCUAAUGCAGGUGGAGCACAACUAUAGGAGCAGGAUAAAUAAAACCGCAUUGCUCUGUGAUCACGAUGCUGUAGAGUUCAUACUGUUGGAUUGCACCUUCUUACCGUGGACAAUAUCUCAAUAAACCGACCUGAAAACUGACAGCAUGCAACACGAUUAACAUUCCUAUUAAUAGAUCAUCUGGGGAUUUGUGUUGCUGGUACAGGCAAGAGAAUGACUGCACUAACACGCAAUAAAACAGAAUCUGGAAUAUCAAGCAAAACUGUUUAAAGACAACCACCAAUUUACAGAACAAUGUAGCUGAACUCGCUUGAGGAAAUGCCGGUGCCAAAACACAGCUUUAAGAAAAGACAUGUCUGUGAGACUGCCUUCAUUAGCAUUAUCCACCUGUUCUUUUUGUAAAUCUAACAAAGUAGCAAUGGAUGCAAAAAUAACCUUCUAGCUAGCCUAGGAGCUGACCCACGAUUGACAGAAAACAGCUUUCUUCAGAGGGAAAACAUGAUCUUCAUCUCCUCCUGUAGUUUUUAAGUGGAGAAGAGUUCAGCUAAACCUCCAGUUCCAACAUGCUGUUGGAUUAGGGGGGGGGGGUUGAUGGUUAAUAUUAGUGUGACCCUCAGGCUUACUGCUGAUUACAUCACCUCAACUUGAGGGACAGAAUGGUCUGCUGAGCAGCAUACUAAUGGGCAAUUCCACAACACAUGAGAGACCAUCAUGUUUCUCUCUCCGUACCCUCGCAUAGAAACCUCGGAAGCUUAAUAGUCCAUAUAGUUUGUGUCUAGACCAGGGUUGCCGUCAAAUAAUUGCUUUUGGGAAGAAAAAAAAACUGAAAGGAAAAUUUACUGAAACAAAUCUCUUUGUGUGUGUGUGUGUGUGUGUGUGUGUGUGUAUCCUCACCAACUCUCUUAGAUGUGGUUCCUUGCUUAAUAUGGAAAUGAUAUUCUGAAUUUGCCAAAGCUGAAUGUGCUUUUGAUUUGGGAUGAAGAAAAGCCAUUGAAGCGAAGUCUUGAGCGGUGGCUGCGGGUUGCUGCUGCCAAGCGGCGAUUCUUCUGGUGUUUGAAUUGGAUUGUGUUUAGUGUGUAGUGGUCUGCAGAUUGAAUAGAAGUAGUUUUUUGUGAGAUAAUGUAGAUAAUGCAUUAGGUAAACAUAUACAUUUGGUAAAAAAAUUAAAAAUAAUAAUAAUAAUAAAAAUAAUAAAUAUGUACAUAAAGUCUGUAGCCUGCACAUGAACACAAUAAAACCUGUUAAAACAAACAUGUUUCA